AUGGCGCGACCCUUGAUACACGUCAUGUUCCCGUUCAUCACACUGGCUGGACUCUACGCUGUCUCAAACUUGAUGAUGAACUCUGGUCACGCUCAAAUGUUCACCGAUAGGCGAGCGUCGGCACCGCCCUUGCUUCCAGACAACAAAACACCCCUGCUCACAUUCUACACCGGGGUCCCGCCCCUGGACUCGUAUCUCGCCAACCUGCAAUUCAGCAUUAUUCCAACAGUCGAUGGCUCGUUCCCGGCUUUAUCUCUCCUGGGAUGGCACUGGACGGGGCUUAUAUUGGCCGUCUUCACCGUCAUGCUAGUCGAAAGCCUACGAACACGGCGCGCGAGGGAUCUGAUUCCUUUCGCACUCUGGGGCCUCGCCAUACAGUAUGCCGGGUACUUCAUCAUCAUGCCUCUGUACUGUUAUGUAUCCCUGCUCUCUCAACCACCUCAAAGUCAUUCAAGGCUACCGACCGUUGCUGCCAUUCAAGCCGUUUCGGCCUCAGUCCUCAUUGGAUUUGCGAUCCCGUCGGCUAUCAUGUGUCUGCCGAGCAACUAUCUUUCUGGCCAGUCAAGACAAAUCGCUGUAGCUGUCUGGCAAAACUUCCCUGCGUGGAUGGCCCUAGUACAGGUUGUCACCAUGUCUUUGAUGCGAGCCAACCCAGCACAAGAAACGAAGGAACACAAGGCUAAGGAUGGCGAGCUCGGCCGUUGCACGUCAGCGCUUCGUAACUUGUACAAAGCUACUGCAAUAGUCUCGGCCUUGAUCCAUGUCUUGGGUCUCAUACCCAUUGUCUCCGCUGCGAUUGGCAAGCUGGAGACUUCCGGAAGUUCGCCAUAUGCGCAGCUGCGACCCGCGACCUUCUUUCUACCGCAGAGGUGGGAUAGUGAGACCCAGAUUAGCGGGAUGGCAGAAGGCGCAUUCAACUUUCUCCGUUAUGACUACUACAUCGGCACCGCCGCGGCUUUCGCGUGGGUCGUAUUUCUUCAGCCUUCACUGCGGGUAAAGGGUGAUACUUGGUUGGCUGGUAGAGAGGCGACAUGGAAUAUUGCUCUCACAUUCUUGUUUGGGCCUGGUUUCACUAUCGUAAGCCUAAUGGAACGGAGACUUGAUUACGGACUCAGCAUCUAG